AGUCUUUCGGCCUUUUGGCGACGCGGGGCCUGCCCUCUGCUGUGUAGCGAUUACGUGGCGCGAAAGCGGAGACAGGACGCAAGCGCGGCAUCAUGGCGGCUCCCGGUGGUCGGUCGAGGGUGCUCUUGCUACUGCUGGUAGCCGGGAUCGUAUCCCGCGCGUGGGGCCUUUACUUCCACUUGGGCGAAACGGAACGCAAAUGCUUCAUCGAGGAGAUCCCGGACGAGACCAUGGUCAUCGGGAAUUACCGGACGCAGUUGUACGAUAAGCAGCGAGAAGAGUACCUUCCUGCUACUCCGGGCCUGGGCAUGUUUGUGGAGGUGAAGGACCCCGAUGAAAAGGUGGUGUUGUCACGGCAGUAUGGCUCAGAGGGCAGAUUCAUCUUUACUUCACACACCCCAGGAGAGCAUCAGAUCUGCCUGCACUCCAAUUCCACAAAGUUUUCCCUUUUUGCAGGAGGCAUGCUGAGGGUCCAUCUUGACAUCCAAGUUGGGGAACAUGCCAAUGAUUAUGCUGAGAUUGCAGCUAAGGACAAGCUGAGUGAGCUGCAGUUGCGUGUUCGCCAGCUUCUGGAGCAGAUAGAACAGAUCCAGAAAGAACAAAACUACCAAAGGUGGCGAGAGGAGCGUUUCCGGCAAACCAGUGAAAGCACAAACCAGAGGGUUCUCUGGUGGUCCAUAAUUCAGACUCUCAUCCUUGUAGUCAUUGGCGUUUGGCAAAUGAGACACCUCAAGAGUUUCUUUGAAGCCAAGAAGCUGGUAUAAAACAAGAGUAAUAUCAGCCCAAAGCCUGCAUUUCUUCCAGGAACAGUUCCUGGCACUUCAGGUGUCUGCAUUGAUCUUCUCUUUUCUCAUUGGCCCUUUCCACCAGACUGGUUACUUGCCAGGAUCUGUGCCAUCUACCUCCCAGUGUGUCCGCUCUUCUUCCUCCUUCAACAUGUCAGCCUGUGGUGAUUUCAAUGCAGUGCUUUGGCCCCAGGAAGAUGCUGCCUUCUUUCCAGAUAGUCAAGACCAGUCCCCCUCUCUAGCUCUAUAGGAAGAGUGUGUUUUGUUUUUGUAUUUGCAGAGAGGGGAGGAAGGCACCAUGUCUUCCACUUUUCUCCUGACUAAUUAUGUUCUUCAGAAUUAGACUCUCUUCUGAAAGGUGAUUGGAACUUUGCAUAGCCAGUAUCACAGUUUAUCAGAGCCAAGAAAACUUGCAAUUUUUAACUGUGUUGUAUAUGUACUGGCACUGAUUUCUAAAUACCACCACCAGUGCACCACUCAGGAGAAUGUUUUGAAUGAGAAGAUCUGGAGGCUCUCCUUUCAAUUCUCUUUUUCAUCAUACAUAGGACGCAGUUUGAUUUGGGGAUUUGCUGCUAUGGAAUUAAUAGGAUUCUUUCUGAAAGAAAUCUGUGUUAUGGGAUUAAUGUGCUGAUCACUGGGCUUCUAAUAAAAGAUGAUUAAGUAUUGAAAUUCACUUAUACUCUUCUUCUCUAUCUUGUUAAAAUUGAUUUUUCCUGUCUAUACCUACUCACCAUUUUCUGGCAUAGACAGUACUUCAUUUUCUUAUUACCUUGAAUGUAUAAGCAGUUGCAAGGUUGCUUUUACAACAGUGCAACUUAAAGUAGCAGCAUUCAAUAGGAUAUAUGCAGCAGUAUCUGCAGCAAACCACAGUGAAACCAAAAUUAUGACAUACAUGUAUUAUACAGAUGCCACCUAGUUGCAUCUAAGUAUGUGUUAUUUCUA